CCGCGUUCUCUCUCGCAUCGCAUUCUCACGUUUUGCUCGAUUCUUCCCCCUCCUCCUCCUCCUCCUCCUUCUUCAACCUUCUCGCUCUUCAAGCCUCGAGCUACUUCCGUCGAGCAAUGGCGAGGCCCGUGGACGCCCCUCGGGUUCUCCGGGAGAUCGAAGUCGUGGUGGUCGACGUCGAAAACGUUGCCUCCCGGGGAAAUGCGGAGCUCCAACCGAUCAGCUCCGGCGUCGGGCCGGAAACUCCCGGGAGCGGCGCCGGGCGCUCGCCGGAGGAACCCGCGGCCUCAUCCCGAGAAAGCUCGGCCGGAACCGUCCGCGAGCAGUGGGAAGAGUUGCCCGUCCACGAGAACACGAGGGUUUCGUCGAGUUCGCGUGCGGUUGAGGCAUUGACUCCUGGCUCCAACGCUUCGUCUCGGCGGAAUUCGCGGCUGCUCGUGAACAGGCCGAAAUCGAGGCUUCUGGAUCCUCCCGAGGACCAAUGGCAGCAGCGGUCGAGGAUCGCGGCAGAUUCGGGGCCGUUCUCGGCGAAAGGCGGCGAUGAUCGCAAAGAAGAAAAGGACGAUUUCGAGGACAUUCCGGAGGAGUACAAACACACGAAGCUCGGCUUGUGGACGGUGCUUCAAUUCGUGAGUCUCGUUUUGAUCAUCGCAGCUCUAGUUUGUAGUCUUUGGAUAAAUGCACUAAAGAGGCAAACACUGUGGGAUCUUCCUCUGUGGAAGUGGGAGAUCAUGGUUUUCGCGCUUAUUUGCGGAAAUUUAGUGUCUGAUUGGUUGAUCACAUUGGCCGUGUUCUUGAUUGAGCGGAAUUUCAUACUGAGGAAGAAAGUUUUGUACUUCGUCUACGGAUUGAAGAAAGCUGUCCGAAAUUGUAUCUGGUUCGGUCUCGUCCUGCUUGUGUGGAAUUGUGUGUUUGACGAUAAGGUUGAGAAGGAGACUAAGAGCAGGAUAUUGCCAAAAGUAACAAAGAUACUCGUGUGCGUUUUCAUAGGCGCUGUGAUCUGGCUCCUGAAGACUCUGCUCAUUAAGGUCCUUGCCUCGUCAUUUCACGUGAACGCCUUCUUUGAGAGGAUUCAGGAGUCCCUCUUCAAUCAGUAUUUGAUAGGGAUGCUCUCGGGCCCGCCGCUGUUUGAGAAGUUCUACAACGAAGAGGAGGAGAGGGCGAUUGCUGAGUUCCGAGAGCUUCAGGAUGCGGGGGCCAACAUUCCUAGCAAUCUGAGGGAAACUCUUCUCCCGAGAAGCGACAAAUUUGCGGGGAAUGGGAAGAGCCCCAUUGUGGGGAAGAGCCCUCGACUUUCGAGAGAAGCUUCACGCGGGCAGGACAUGAAUAUCCCAAUCGAGCAACUGCACAGGCUGAAUCAAAAGAAUGUAUCGGCUUGGAACAUGAAGAGGUUGAUGAAUAUCAUAAGGAAUGGCACCUUAUCUACUCUGGAUGAGCACAUUCGUCCUUCUGAUGUGAAGGACGAGGCCACAUUGGAGAUAAGAAGUGAGCGCGAGGCAGAGAUGGCAGCCAAAAGGAUAUUCAGGAACGUUGCUAAGCAGGGUUCGAAGUGCAUAUAUUUGGAGGAUGUGAUGUGCUUCAUGAGUAAAGAUGAAGCUUACAAGGCAAUGGAUCUCUUCGGAGCAGCAUCUGAACGCGAGGGAAUCAGCUGGCUGUCUCUUAAAAAUUGGGCGGUGAAUGCAUUUAGAGAGAGGAGGGCCCUUGCUUUGUCUCUAAACGACACUAAAACUGCAGUGGACAAACUCCAUAAGAUGUUGAAUGUCAUCAUGGCUUUCAUCAUCGUGAUUAUUUGCCUCGCUAUACUACAAGUCAAUGUCACCCACUUCCUUAUUGUCAUAAGCUCGCAGCUUAUUGUCAUGGCAUUUGUCUUUGGGAAUACCUGCAAGACCAUUUUCGAAGCUAUCAUCUACCUAUUCGUUAUACAUCCUUUUGACGUGGGUGAUCGCUGUGAGGUGGAUGGAGUGCAGAUGGUGGUGGAAGAGAUAAAUAUACUGACUACAGUCUUCCUGAGGUAUGACAACCAAAAAAUUGUAUACCUAAACAGUGUCUUAGCUGCCAAGCCCAUAAGUAAUUACUACAGGAGCCCAGAUAUGGGUGAUGGAGUCGAUUUCUCUAUCCAUAUCUCGACUCCGGCCGAGAAAGUUGCUAUCAUGAAGGAACGAAUAGUCAGCUAUAUUGAGAGCAGGAGUGACCACUGGCAUCCGGCGCCAAUGGUGGUGACAAGGGAGAUUGAAGACUUGAACAGAGUGCUGAUGUCGGUUUGGCUCACACACCGAAUGAAUCAUCAGGACAUGGGCGAAAGAUUUGUCAGGAGAGCUCUUUUGGUUGAAGAGAUGAUCAAAAUCUUCAAAGAGCUCGACAUCGAGUACCGGUUGCGGCCUCUUGAUGUGAACAUCCAAAGCUUACCCAGUCCAAAUUCAACUAGGCUUCCUUCAAAUUGAACAGCAGGCGGUAGCUGAUCAUACUCCAAUAUGGACAAGCACCAGCUAAUUUUCCCACGAAGUCUCGGACUCAAGGAUGUCAUUCUCCGAUAUCGACAGAACAGUCUUUUGACCAUGACAUCUUCGUGUGAAAGACAUUUGUAUAAUUGCCCCACGAAUGUAGCUUCGCCAUAAAAUGAUAAAUUCUAAUGAAAUUAACCUUACAAUUGCUUGGA